CAGCAGGAGUCUUCCUCAGUCGGGGUUGUCAGCUAAAGACGUCGGCCAGCAGAACCCGUUAAAGACACAGAUUCAACUUGGGGACUUAAGAGCGGACAAAGUAUUCUAAAAAUGGCACAGAACUGUCUGAAAUGCUUAAAGUACGUCAUGUGCGCAGUCAACUUCCUCUUCUUCAUCUCGGGAGCCACCAUGCUUGGCUUCGGGGUGUACAUGACCCGCUAUCAGACGAACUCGCUGCUCGACUCCAUGAAGUUUUUGACGGCGGCCAACCUGCUGCUCGUGUCCGGCAUCAUCGUCACCUGCGUCUCCUUCCUGGGCUUCAUCGGCGCUCUGAAAGAGAACCGUGCUUCCUGCUCACCUUGUGUACUAAUGAACCUCCACCCACAGUUCUUCAUUCUGCUGCUGAUCCUGAUGCUGGUGGAGUUGACCGUCGCCUGCCUCCUAUUGACCUACGAGUCUGAGAUCGGCACUUUGCUGGAGAAAGAGCUGAACACGGGAUUACAGAAUGAAAAAAGAAAGAAUUCGACAAAGACAGAUCUGGAAAGCGACUGGAAUCUGGUUCAGAAAACGUUCAGCUGCUGUGGAGUCCAUAAUUCGUCGGACUGGGGCGUGCCAGUGCCUCAAUCCUGCUGCGAGAAUGGUCUGAAUCAAUGUCUGCCCUCACCUAAAGACCCAUCUGAACCUUUCUACAAGCAGGGCUGUCUGGGAGCACUGAAGACAUGGUUUGAGAAUAACUUCCUCACAACCGGGGUCGCCGUUAUUGUCCUCUGCGUCGUAGAGGUACUGGGAAUGUGCAUCGCCAUGACGUUGUUCUGUCACAUCAGCAGCUCUGGGCUCAGCUACAAGCUCUAGAUUCCUACCCUCACUCAACCCUUACUGUGGCAUCCAUGCUUUUGUACAGUCCUGUCUUCUCAAACCACCAUAUUUUAAUUUCUUCAUUGUUUUUCUUUCAUAAACAUCUUUAUUUUAAAUGAACCAAAGAAAAUGUAUUUAUGUUGGAAACAAUACCAAAAGUAUGCAACACGUCUCAAAUGAUCCUCUUACAAAAAUCAAAGAGCCAAAUAAAUAUCAGAUAUAAUUAAUCAAAAGGUUGGUGUGGACGUCAUUAUAUACACCUCAUUCCCCUUGCGGCGCAUUGGUGAGUUGGGAGGCAACCGUCACAGAAACAAAGCCUCUUCGAAGGUUCACCCACCAAACUAACCGAUAUGCCUGCAACACAUGCAUGCCGAGCUGUUUCCGGCCGCUGGUUAAAUGGCUCAUCUGCACGGCUGUGAAUGAAACCACUUCCUCCUUCCCACAAAGCGCUCCAAAACCACAGGCCGGGGUUCCGGCGCAGGUUCAAAACACUUUGCUUAGUUAGAGAGACGAGGGAAAGGCAAAAGGAUUUAUGAAAAAUAAGGAAGGAGAAACGACCAAACUCAUCUUUAGUA